UGACCUUACACUUCAUGUUUUGAUCGACUUAUUUGUUGUUUAGUUGUUUCAGCUGUGACACAAUCCAGUGGUGGACCCACAUAGUCAUUGUGGGUCACAGGACCACCUAUUAAAAAAAAAAAAAAAAAAAAAAAAAAAAAAAACUAAAAAAUUUAGAUCUAUUUUUCCCGGUACUCACUCCUUCCACUCUCCUCCCAGAAGGCACAGACACAGACCUUGGCUUCCUCUCUCUCUCCUCCAUUGAAGCGUACUCGAAAUUCUCCAUUGAAGGGGCUUCUGAGCUUUCUUUCCUCCACUGAAGCAGUCUCAAAGGAUGAAACCAUGAAAAUUCCGAGGGGUGGGGGAAUGGUUUCAGAUUCUUGGGAAAGCCGAGUUCUUGAACGCAGAGGAAGUGUCGAGCACAAGAUUGCUGUGAAAAUCAUAAAAGAGAAUUUGAAAAUGAAGAAAGGAUUGCACCCUCAGAUGCAAUGGAUAUCCUAUGUAACCCAAAGUGGUAGGUUGAUCAAUGUCAUGAUGAGUAAAAUUCACCGAGAACCCAAAGUUUAUCACUUCAGAGCAAAACGUCAGAUGGCUCAAAGCUUGGGGCAGAUUGCCAAGUUCAAGCGUCGUUAUGAGCAGGAGCCGAAAGAUGAGGUUAACAAGGAAGAAAAAUAGGACCUCUAGUUUUAUGUUGACUAAAGCUCAGUUUCUAUGUGCUGAAAUAAAUUUUUAGCUUGGCAUUAUUUGACAUGAAUUUAUGUGCUUAUUUAGAAGGCUAUCAUUUUAUUUUAAUUCUUGUUAUUUGCUUCUUUAUUGGGUUUUAGCGCAAUAUCUUGAGGCUAUCACUUCAGAUAUCAAUAUUGUUAUACUUGGACAAAUGAGGAGAAAUUAUAUCACUUCUGAUAUCAAUAUUGUGUUU